GAGGCCAAGAUGCUUAGACAGCAUUUCGACUUCAGACCAGCCCAUUGCAGAGAAACCCACAUAAGACCCUGACCCCGGGCCCUGCGGCUGCUGUGGUCUGCUCAGAGCGAUGCACGUGGAGGCUCAGUCAUGCUCACCGUAGAUGAUGUACUGGAGCAGGUUGGGGAGUUCGGCUGGUUCCAGAAGCAAACCUUCCUGAUCCUGUGCCUGCUCUCGGCCGCCUUCGCCCCCAUCUACGUGGGCAUCGUCUUCCUGGCCUUCACCCCGGACCACCGCUGCCGGAGCCCAGGGGUGGCGGAGCUGAGCCGGCGAUGCGGCUGGAGCCUGGCGGAGGAGCUCAACUACACGGUGCCGGGCCCGGGGCCCGAGGGCCAGUGCCUCCGCUACGAGGUGGACUGGAACCAGAGCACCCUCGGCUGCCUGGACCCACUGGCCAGCCUGGCUACCAACGGCAGCCCCCUGCCCCUGGGCCCCUGCGAGCAGGGCUGGGUGUACGACACGCCCGGCUCCUCCAUCGUGACCGAGUUUAACCUGGUGUGUGAUGACUCUUGGAAGGUGGAUCUCUUUCAGUCCUGUGUGAACUUGGGCUUCUUUCUGGGCUCUCUGGGAGUCGGCUACAUCGCAGACAGGUUUGGCCGCAAAGUGUGCCUCUUGGCCACCACCCUCACCUGCGCCAUCUUGGGCGUCCUGACGGCCGUGGCUCCAGACUACACGUCCCUGCUGAUCUUCCGCCUGCUGCAGGGGCUGGUCAGCAAGGGCAGCUGGACGGCUGGCUACACCCUGAUCACGGAGUUCGUGGGCCUGGGCUACAGACGGACAGUGGCGAUCCUCUACCAGAUGGCCUUCACCGUGGGGCUGGUGCUGCUCUCUGGACUGGCCUACAUCCUCCCGCACUGGCGCUGGCUGCAGCUGGCUGUCUCCCUGCCCAUCUUCCUGCUCCUCUUCUGCUACUGGUUUGUGCCCGAGUCCCCCCGAUGGCUGUUAUCCCAAAAGAGAAACACUGAGGCGAUAAAGAUCAUGGACCACAUUGCCCAAAAGAACGGGAAGCUGCCUCCUGCCGACCUGAAGACGCUGUCUCUCGAGGAGGACGUCACUGAGAAGCUGAGCCCCUCGUUCGCAGACCUGUUCCGCACACCCAACCUGAGGAAGUACACCUUCAUCCUGAUGUACCUGUGGUUCACCAGCUCCGUGGUCUACCAGGGCCUCAUCAUGCACGUGGGCGCUACCGGCGGGAACCUCUACCUGGACUUCCUCUACUCCGCUCUGGUCGAGUUCCCCGCGGGCUUCAUCAUCCUCCUCACCAUCGACCGCUUCGGCCGCCGCUACCCGCUGGCCACAUCCAACUUGGCGGCCGGGCUGGCCUGCUUCCUCAUGAUCUUUAUCCCUCAUGAUCUGCCCUGGUUGAAUAUCAUGGUAGCUUGUGUCGGCCGAAUGGGGAUCACCAUCGUGUUCCAGAUGGUGUGCCUGGUCAAUGCCGAGCUGUUCCCGACCUUCAUCCGGAACCUUGGCAUGAUGGUGUGUUCCUCCCUGUGUGAUUUGGGCGGGGUUCUCACCCCGUUCCUGGUCUUCAGGCUGAUGGAGGUUUGGCAAGGCUCGCCGCUCAUUUUGUUUGCGGCCUUGGGGCUGGUUGCCGGGGGAAUGACGCUGCUUCUUCCGGAGACCAAGGGGGUCACUUUGCCAGAGACCAUCGAGGAUGCCGAGAACCUGCAGAGGAAAGCAAAACCCAAAGAAAACAAGAUUUACCUUCAGGUUCAAACAUCAGAACUCAACACACAGGCAGCCAAGAGGGAUGCUUCGCAGGGGACAGCGCAGCAGAAGUGAAGACUGAGUUCUCACCCUUUCAGAAGCCCUGAACGCUUCCUCCCACCUGCCUGCCCUCAAAUCAAUAUCAGUUCUAGAGAAUGCUAACUGUGCUUUGCUCUAUUUUGUUUUCUUGAAGUCUCUCAAAGCUCUGGCUAUCUUUUAUCUACUUAUCUUCUCUAGUGAGAGCUAUUGGUGGUUAGCAAGUACUUACUUAUCCAAAGUAUUUUGAAAGCCCAGUAGCAUUUAAAUACUGUUAGACCAGAGGCCUCGGUCAUUGGCUUCCUAGAAUAAGUAUUGUUUUAUUCACUCUCUGAAAGAAAAUGUCUUUGUAGGCAUCGUGUUGGCAAAAGUAUUUUAGCCUGUAGGCUCCUUGGAGGACUACUGGUUUAUGAAUAUGGUGACUCUUCCAGCCAACUCUACCCCAAGCAUGCUUAUACACGUGUGAUGGCACAAAACAGGCUCCUUAUUCCAAGACCAGAAGGUCCAUAAGAAUUUUGGGGGAAAGAGUUUCGGCGACCCACAUUUUAGGAAGGCUUCAUUCUAUUUCACGCUUGCUUUUAGUUCUUAUUGGUGAUUCUAGAAGGUGACCUCAUAUGCUAACAAUGGAAUAUCACAGUGAACAUAUAAAAAAGGAGUUCAGCUUA